CAGCUGGACUCUGUCUCUGCUUUUGCACAGCGAUGGGGAUUGCUCCUUAUCUCUGUGUCCUUCUGCUCUGUCUGACAGGUGUCCGGUCUCGGAUUGUGCUGAACCAGCCCGAGUCAGUUGUGAAAAAGCCGGGGGAGUCUCUCAGACUGACCUGUACAGUGAGUGGGUUCAGCCUGGAUGACUACUACAUGCACUGGGUGAGACAGGUCCCUGGGAAAGGACUGGAAUGGUUACUGUACUAUGCUACAGAAAGUAGCAAGCAUUACGCGCCAGGAGUUGAAGACCGAUUCACUGCUUCCAAAAGCAGCGAUACCCUGGAUCUGCAAAUAACAAAUCUGAGAGUGGACGACACUGCCAUCUAUUGUGCGACAGAUGGUGAUUAUCUUGACUACUGGGGGAGCAGAACCUUUCUGGAAGUGACUUCAAUUGCCCAGUCUGCACCAUUAGUCUACAUCUCUAAUCCUUCACGUGAGAUGAACUCAAACCAAGAUGAGAUCAGGCUCCUCUGUCUGGUCAAGGACUUUCAUCCAAGGAGUAUCCAUCAGACAUGGUCCAGUGACAGUGGGGUCAUUACCACUGGAAUCAGCAAGUAUCCUGCAGUCCAGGGGAAUGAUAAGAAGUACACAAUGAGCAGUGUGCUCAAAGUCUCUGCAGCAGAUUGGAAAACCAAUAGAUUCUACCACUGCCAGGCGGGCUACAACUCAAACAACAUGGUGGAACGUCAGUUUGAAACACCUAAAAUUCAAGAGCCGAACAUCACCGCCCUUGUCCCAUCUGUGGAUUUUAUCUCCAGUCAGAAUGCUGUCCUGGGCUGUGUUAUAUCUAAAUUUGCUCCUAAUAGUAUAAAGAUUUCCUGGAAGAAAGACCAAGUGGACCAAGCGGGUGUUCUGUCUUUCAAACGGAGAACUGAUGAUACCUUUGAAACAAUCUCAUACCUGACUAUACCCAUGAUGAAUUGGAAGGAAGACGAUAAAUACAUUUGUGAGGUCUCCCACCCACCUUCCAAUUUCAGGAACAUGAUCAGCAUGAAAUACCAAGAGGGUGAAAAGUUUUCAUGUCCAAGUGGAAAUCCUCCUGGUACUUGUCCUCCUUGCACAUUUGCACUGGAGCUGCUCUAUCAUACUAACCUCAGUGUGACCCUCAGAAAUGAUGAAUGCUUGGACAUUGGAAUCUUGGUCACCCUAAGCAAGCCUCCAUUUGAAGAGAUCUGGAGGAACAGAACAGCAAUCAUUCUGUGUGAGGUACUUCACCGUGAUUCAGAGGGAGUCAGGGUAACCUGGAAAGUGGAUGGAAUCAUGAGACAAGAUGGAGUGAAGACCCAGGGUCCCAAGAAGAGUGGACAUAAAGAGAUCAUCUUCAGUAGACUGACAGUCCCUGCUGCAGAGUGGGAGAGUGGGGUAGAGUAUAUGUGUUUGGUGGAGGAUGAAAAUUUGCCAACGCCAGAGAAGAGGUUCAUCAGGAAAGCCCAAGUUGAGGUUAAGACUUACCCUCAAGUCUUCCUCCUGCCCCCUUCGCUGGAUGAGAUGGAGACUGCUCAUACUGCGACCCUGGUUUGCCUGGUCACUGGAUUCUCUCCUGCAGAUAUUGACCUGGCUUGAAUGGCCAAUGAUACCCUUUUGAAGACAGGGUUCAUUCAUCAGCCAGUGACUAAGGAUGGCAGAGGAGGCUGGAACUCAGGCAGUCGCUUGACGGUCUCUGCAGAGGAGUGGAACAGAGGCACCACGUACAUGGUGGGACAUGAGUCAGUCACAACAAAUGUGUUCAGAAGCAUUUAUAAAUCUCACAGCAAACCCAACCUGGUUAAUGUCUCACUUGUUCUAACUGAAAGCUUUAACUCCUGUUCAUAAACUCUACUGCUUUAAACAAUCUCCCAUUUAUAUAAUCCCUGUAAAUGGAUAGUUUAACACAACCGGAAAACUGUUGUGAGCACUUUGAAACCUCUCUCCUGGUAGCAAUGCACUUCUAACAUGAACAAAAUUCAACAUUGUUCAGUACUUGAGAGAAAAAAAAAUCUCCAAAUCAGACAACAUUGUUUUCUGCAGAUCUACCUGAGAUCCUCAGGUCCUUCUGAAACAUAUUUUUUGUGCUUUGCUUGAUCAUGUUUGAAACCUGUGUGAAAUCCCACAGAAUGUCAAUUGUACGUCAAUGUACUGAUCAAAUUUCAAUAAACCUGACGUGAAAAAUUUCAGUGUUAGUUUUGAGUGAACAUUGUUUGUGGUUGGGGAGAAUAUAAAUGAAUAAUUCGGGACAUGAACUGUGGUGAAUGCAGAAUGUUCUGAGGGAAAGGAAUUUUGGAUCUUUACUUUCCAAAGCCCCUUUGACAAUGUUGUGAUUUCCUCAACAUACGUUUUGGUUUAUUGUAGAUUCAUUGAUGUGACCAAUUGUUAUGAUUAGUCCACACUUUAAUUAUCAUUGUGUCAUGUGUGGUUGAUGGCUUUGAUCUCUCCAGAUUUCUCAGUUUUUAAAUUGCACACUGUAAGUUCCUACAAUAAUAACUUGAUAAUGAUCAGAUCAUCUACUUUUUGUUGUUGGUUGAGAGUUAAAUGUUGACUGGCUGAGACACUGAAGAGAACACCCGGCUCUUUCAAUAUGUCCAUGAGAUCGUGUACAUUAACCUGAGGGCCAUGGUUUACUAUUUCAUCAGGAGGUCUCUCCUUCCACACUUGCAGCACUUUCUCAGUCCUUCAUUGGAGUGGCAACCUAGCUGAAGACCUCAAGAAUGAGUGGUGAAACCUGAAUCCACAAUCCUCUGACCUAGAGACAACAGUGCUAGAUGCUUAACCACAUCACAAUGAUCCACGAAUUGUAGGCUUUAAGACUCAUUUCAUCCUUCACAUCACCACUCACAAAUCGUUGUCUUAUUGAGCAGAUGUUCUAUUCGACAACUGAUAUUCCAAGAUAUCUUCGUGCUGCCUGUAUUAUAUUAGGCCAACUAAAAUAUUAUAUAGAAUCAAAAAGAGACAUUUUGGAGUUCUAAAGGAUAUCAUCCAGAUUUCUGGAAUAAUCUCAGACAGCUGCACAAUAAACCUGAUUGUUUGCUGGUCAUUGAGUGUUAUUGGUGCCAAGAUAUCAGAAUCUUGUGUUUUAAAACGUGCAGAAACUGAUUAAAGAUCCAACAGCAUCGUAGGUUUGUUUAAUCCAUCCUCAUCAGUGGUGUCACCCUUUGAUUUUUUACUGAUAAAUUUUGUGCCUGAUGCUACAUCUCUCACUAACACCUGAAGAAGGAGUGAGAGUCAGAAAGCUUGUGUUUUCAAAUAAACCUGUUGGACUAUCACCUGUUGGAUUUCUGACCUUGGAUAAUGGAACAGAGAAACAGAACCAACAGAGUUGGGUGACAGAAGGAUUAAAAUUUUGGAAACAAUUUAAUGUUCAUCUGUUAUUUGUUUGUGCAUAACAAAUAAAUGUUAUUCAGAUUA